AUGAAUCUUCUCUACUCCACCGUGAACACCCUCCGCGAUCGGUACACGCCCGUUUCGCACAAGUCAACCUUCCGCCAGACGGGCCAGAUCACCCCCGAAGAGUUCGUUGCCGCCGGCGAUUACCUCGUCUACAAGUUCCCGACCUGGUCUUGGGGCGAUGCCGACUCGGAGAGCCGCCGCGUCAGCUACCUACCCACCGGGAAACAGUUCCUUGUCACGCGCAACGUCCCUUGCAACCGCCGGCUCGACGACGACUUCGCCGGUGACGCCGGCCACGAAGAGGCUCUCGUCGAGGGCAGCAAGAACUCUGCCGGUGGUGGUGACGAUGACGAGGAUGGCUGGCUGCGCACGGGCGGUCUAGCGAGCUCGCAACCGCUGAAGUUGAAGGAGGUGCGGACGGUGGACGAUUCGGGAAACAUUGGCGACAGAGAGGUUGUCGACGACGACGAGAUUCCAGAUAUGGAGGACGAGGAUGAUGACGAGGCCAUCAUCCGCGACGCCGGAGACAGCGGAAAGAACAGCGGUCGCCGGACAUACACCCUGUACAUCAUGUACUCGACCUACUACCGCACGCCGCGCCUCUACCUCUCGGGCUACUCGCCCAACAACCAGCCGCUACCGCCGCACGCCAUGAUGGACGACAUCGUGGGCGACUACAAGGACAAGACGGUGACGCUCGAGGACUUCCCCUUCUUCGCCAACAACAUUAAGAUGGCCAGCGUGCACCCUUGCAAGCAUGCGUCCGUCAUGAAGACGCUGCUCGACCGUGCCGACGCCGCACUACGCAUCCGCCGCGAGAAAUUGCGCGCGGGACGCGCCGUUGGCGGGGACCAGGGCAUGGAGGGUCUCGUCGACGAGCUGGGACGGCUCGACGUGCGCGACGCCCAGGCCGCCGCCGAUAAGGACGAGUGGGAGGAGGUGGAGCAGAGCGAAGUCGACGAGCAGGAGGUCGCCAUCCGGGUGGACCAGUACCUUGUCGUUUUUCUAAAGUUCAUGGCUAGCGUGACUCCUGGUAUCGAGCACGAUUUCACGAUGGGGGUAUAA